CUUUUAUAUUUGGUCGGCUGAAAUUGGUUUUCUGCACAAGCAGAAGCGACUCGCGUCGAAGUGACUGAGCGGUUUCAGCGCAAGUUUUUUUUCACAAAAUUUUCGAAUUUUUUUGACAAAAUGAGAGUGACUGGAGUGGUUGUUGCUUUGGCCUUUUUGGCGACAGUUUGUGCUCUUCCAGCCAAAAAAGAGGAAGUAGAGUUUGUCCCACUCGAGGAACAAGGGGGUGGUGGUAUUGUCGACACGGGGGUCAUCGGUGGUGGACCAUGGCUCAGACCCUUUGAUGGUCUUUUCGAAAGUCUUGCAGGAAUGAUGGCCCGUAUGAGACAACAAAUGGAGUACCUUUUGAAUAGGUUACCUGUUGGUAACCACACAUCAGGAGUUGCUGCACCUUUCCCAGCUUUCCCUGAUCUCGAUUUGGGUAAAGGCAACACAACUUCUGUUACUAAAAUAAUCGAUGGUCACAAGGUCGUUAUUAACGAAACUGAAUACAAACAUGAGGGAGAUCUCGGUGGGGCCUUCUUCAAAGUGCGUAUUAUUGACGUUCUGCCCGAUUCUAGCGAAUUAACAACUGAGAAAAACGCGGAAGAAAUAACUACAAAAGAUAUCGAGUCGGUUGAGAGCAGUUUCGAAAAUGAAAUUCCGAAAAAUAAAGAAAUCGAGGUCUUCAAUGGUGAAACUUUCGACGAACCUGAUGGCGAAUGGAGCAAUCUCGAAACGAUGAAUAGUAUCGAAGAUAAUUCGAUCGAAUACAGACCGCCCGAUUUGAGUCGGGAUACUUACGUUAAUCAGAUAUUAGCCGAAGCGGGUGCGCCGACUAAUCCAGACGCCGAGGUUUUCGCGAUCGACUCGACAAAACCCUUUGAGAAAAUUACAAGUCCGAGAUAGUUGAGGGGUUUUGAAGGAAGAAAGACUGAUUGGAGAUCGGAGACUACCAAAGAUCCUAUUUAUGUGUUUUAUUUAUUUAUUCCGUUUUUUUACUUGUGUACUAAUCGAUUUGUUGGAGAUGACUAUUUAUUUUUAUUUAAUAAAUCAUUCAUGCUUUUCGUAA